AUAUGUAUAUGUAUAGUAACACUGUAACAGUACUUGAUUUGGUGGUGAUUGGUAUGCAUGGGCUUCAUUUGCUACCCUCCAAUCGGAUUGCUUGAGAGAUUAUUGAAUCUUCUGUUCAUUUCAUGGCUAAAGUUUGCUGUUCAAUUGAGACAGAGCCUAGAACCUUGAGUGAAGGGCAACUCAACCAUGCUAGGGAAAUUGCUGCUGAUGUAGUUCAGAAAAUGGAACCAACUGAAGCCACAGCUCUAUUCAUCGAGGGAUUGAGACCGGUUGGAUCAGUGAAAGAGAUGAAGUAUAUGAUUGAUGGUGAGCAACUACAACUGCAGACUAAGCUUGUGGACUGGAAGGAGGAGGCUCAAAUUUUAGAAAGGCCUUGCCAAUGCUUGUGCUCUACGGCCAUUGUUGAAACGCCCGAUCAAGAAACGCAACUUACAGGAUCUGUGUCGGCCCCAUUUUGAUAGUUUUCGUUUUUCAAAGUUCAUAAUUUGACAUAUUAUGUUAUUAGGUUGUGCGAUGAGAAAAUAUUUAUGCAUAUCAAAUAAAUACAGUAAGAUUCGUGCCAAAUUUAAACGUAAGAUUAAUGAAAUACUGCGGUCAAAUAUCUCAUUUUUAUCAGUAUAGUAUUGUUGAUAUUUGUAAAGAAUGCAGAUUUGGGUCUCCAUAGCAACUAAGUUUCUUCUGUUUUAAUUAGGGAAUGCUAGAUGCAACUGCAAACAAUAUGCC